AUGGAGCCGGGCCCCAGAGCCGCUGGGGGGCCGGCCACCGCCGGGCGCCCCAGCCUGCCAGUGCCCACGUGUCCGACCCGGAGCCCUGCCCCUCUCUGCCCGGCCCCCCUGAGUCGCGGCUCCCAUUCGGGGGCCUGCGGCUCCGCCCCGGAUCCGGAAGGGAGGGCGGCCGCAGGAGGGGGCGGGCUGGGCCGAAGGUGCAGGGGGUGGGACCGGGAGGCUGCCUCCGCUGCUCGGACGGGCUCCCAGCCUGGCCUCCGGGCUGCAGGCCUCAGCCCCAAACGCUCCCGGGUGGGGUAUCUGGCGAUCCUCCUUAUCUCCGUCCCCGUGGGCUUCCUCUUUAAGAAAGCGGGUCCCGGGCUGAAGCAAUGGGGAGCCGCAGGGGUGGGUGUGGCACUGACGCUGCUCACCUGCGGACCCCACAUCCUCCACUCGCUGGUCACCGUGCUGGGCACCUGGAUCAUCAUGGAGACCUGGCCCAGGUCCUGCCACGCCCUGGCACUGGCCUGGACCUUCCUCUACCUCCUCUUCUUCCGGAUGGUCACUGUAUUGGGGCUCCCCGCCCCCACCCCCUUCACCAACGCCGUGCAGUUGCUGCUCACACUCAAGCUGGUGAGCCUUGCCAGCGAGGUGCAGGAGCUCCGAGCGCAGAAGGAAAUGGAGCCCCAGAAGCGGCCGACUGUGGGGCAGCUCCUCGCCGUGCCCUCCCUGCCCCAGAUACUCAGCUACAGCUACUGCUACGUGGGGCUCCUGACGGGCCCCUUCUACCGCUACCGCACGUACCACGACUGGGUGCACCAAGGCCCGGCACCGGUGCCCAGCUGGGAGCCGCUGCUGCUGCGGGCCCGGCCAGCCCCCCUCUUUGGCCUGCUCUUCCUGCUGUCCUCCUGGCUCUUCCCGCUGGAGGCCGUGCGGGAGGACUCCUUCUAUGACCGGCCCUUCGCGUUCCGCCUCUUCACCAGUCCCAUCUUCCCGCCUUCCGGAUCUUCGUGGCCUGGAUGCGGCCAUGUGACUCCCGCCCCGGGUUGGGCCUACCCUGGGAAAAUCAACGGGGGGCCCCCCCCCUAUCCUCCCCAACAUUACAUCCACCCAUGGGUCGCGGGACAGGGGACUCCCCCCAGGCCUCCGGACGCUCCCCUGGCCGUGGUUCUGGAGGCAGAGCUGGUCACCCCGGUGGGCCCAGGCCCGUCUCCUUCGGCUGGGACGUCGGGGCCCCUUCUGACCUCCAGCCAUCCCUCCAGCCCAGAAGCCGGAGCAGCCACCAAAUACGACUACGAGACCAUCCGCAACAUUGACUGCCAGCAGACCGACUUCUGUGUGCGCGUCCGCGAUGGGAUGCGGUACUGGAACAUGACGGUGCAGUGGUGGCUCGCCCAGUACGUCUACAAGAGCGCGCCGGCCCGCUCUUACGUGCUGAGGUGA